GUCGGCCUUCUAUCGCCCGUCGAUAUAUUUCUAUCUGCAAGUUUUUCUCAACAUAAGUUUUUUUUAUGUUUAAGAAACAUAUACGAAAGCAGAAAUCGAUACAUUGCUAAAGUGCUAAUGCCAAACAGAAGAAAUUGAGACAAGAGCCUUGCAACUCCAGAACGAUAUAACUUAACGAAACAGCCAACGAGCAGCAAACAGCAGACAUAAAGGCUCACAUACACUCACGCACGCAAACGAUAAAAACGAAAAAAAAAAAAAAAAAACAAAAAAAAGAAACGCAAAUUAUUUGAAAUAAGUUAGAAGUUCUCCAAAUAUUUUAAAGUCAUAACAGAGCUGAUUCCAGCUCGAACAAAGCCCCAAUACAUUAAGCUGCGCCAUUGCCCCUUUCAGCUCAGUAGCAUCCCGUGUACUUCUGUGCGUGUAUGUGUGUUGUCUCUGAUUGUUUUCUAUUGUGUGCGCAGUGCGUGCGUGCUUUUGGCUGAGGGGGCGGGUGGGACAAGUGCAACUAGCAGCAGCUAAAGGAGUGAAAUCUGUGCAGCCAAAUCGGCAAAACAGACCUGUAUUUUGCGUCAUUGCAGUUGAACGGUCUCGAGUUUCUUUAAAGAAACGCGCGUCCAUGUUUAAGCUUUUGAUGCUGGCCGAGAUCAGGCGACGGCAAAUCGUUUAGCAGCAGCACAAAAAGGAGCAGCAGCACUGGCCAUGCUCCCUAUUAGCGAGGAGCAGCACGUUGACAACAGCAGCAAUCUGCAACAUGCCGAGACCUCAGAUGAAGCUGCCGCAGCGGCAGCGAACGGUCUUGGUGUUGAGGAGUCGGCACUGGGCGCUGAUGCUAGCUUGUGGACGGCACUGUACGACUACGAUGCACAGGGCGAGGAUGAGCUGACACUCCGACGGGGACAAAUUGUUGUCGUCCUCUCCACGGACAGUGAAGUGUCUGGCGAUGUGGGCUGGUGGACGGGCAAGAUCGGUGAUAAGGUGGGUGUUUUUCCCCGCAACUUUGUAACAGACGCGGAUCCGUUGGAGUUGCCGCAUGAAAUUGACUACUCAGAGCUGGAUAUUAAGGAGGUGAUUGGAUCUGGUGGCUUUUGCAAAGUGCAUCGUGGCUUUUAUGAUAACGAGGAGGUUGCCAUUAAGAUAGCCCAUCAAACUGGCGAAGAUGAUAUGCAGCGCAUGCGUGACAAUGUUCUGCAGGAGGCCAAACUAUUCUGGCCACUUAAGCAUCGUAAUAUCGCGGCACUGCGCGGUGUCUGUUUGAAGACCAAACUGUGUCUUGUCAUGGAAUAUGCACGAGGCGGCAGCCUGAAUCGCAUACUCGCUGGCAAAAUACCGCCUGAUGUUCUCGUCGAUUGGGCCAUACAAAUUGCUCGCGGCAUGAACUAUUUACACAGCGAGGCGCCCAUGUCUAUUAUACAUCGCGACCUUAAGUCCUCCAAUGUGCUCAUCUAUGAGGCCAUCGAGGGAAGCCAAUUGCAUCAUAAAACGCUCAAAAUAACCGACUUUGGCCUCGCCCGCGAAAUGUACAACACACAGUGCAUGAGCGCUGCUGGCACCUAUGCCUGGAUGCCGCCGGAGGUCAUUAGUCGGAGCAUGUACUCCAAAUCAUCGGAUGUGUGGAGCUAUGGCGUGCUGCUCUGGGAACUGAUCACAGGCGAGACGCCCUACAAAGGUUUCGACCCGCUCUCCGUCGCGUAUGGCGUCGCUGUCAAUACACUAACGUUGCCGAUACCAAAAACCUGCCCCGAAACUUGGGGUGCUUUAAUGAAAAGCUGCUGGGAAAGCGAUCCGCAUAGACGGCCUGACUUUAAGAAGAUUAUUGAACAGCUGGAGAGUAGCGCGUGCUCCAAGUUUACGCUAACGCCGCAGGAAUCCUUUCACCAUCUGCAGGAACUGUGGAAAAAAGAGAUUGCCGAGGUGCUGCACGAUCUGCGCGAAAAAGAGAAGCGUUUUCAAACCAUCGAAGAGGAACUGCGCAACAAGGAGGAGCAGCUGGUACUCAUGCAAAAGAAGCAGCUGGAGAAGGCCAAUAAGCUACAUGAGCUCGAGGAGCAGUUACGUCAGCGUGAAAUCAAUAUACUCGGACGCGAGCUAAUGAUGCAGCCAGUGUCAGUCCCUGUGCCGGUGCCAUCAAAGCGGAAGCCCAAAAAGAGUAAAAAGAAAGCACUGCAGAUAUCACUGCCAACGGAGUUCCGGCACACAAUUACGGCCGUCUGCGACAAAGUCGAGCCGCCAGGUUCGCCCUCCCUAUCCAGAUUGCGUAUUGUGACACUCACCGAUGGGCACAAAAACAAAACCUGGGGACCAUCGACGAUGCACCAGCGCGAGCGCUCGCUGCUGCCACCGCAGCUGGGCGGCCAGCCAGAGUGGCCGGCGCAAAGCUCCACGCACUCAUCAUUCAGCAAGAGUGCACCGAAUCUGGACAAGAAGCAGCUGAAUGCGGCUGCCGCUGGGACAGCUGGAACUGGGGCGACAGCGAUAGCUGCAACAACAAAGUCUUCUCAGCUGCCGGGCAGCUCCAACGUGGGCAGCAUUGCUGGCGGCUCAACGCCCACAUCGCCCAUGUAUUUGGGCGGCAGUGUGGCGGCCAUGGGUGCGGUGGGCGCUGGUGUGGCCACAGGUAUGCCAUAUUUAAUACUGCAUACCAACAACAACAACAACAACAACCACAACAACAACAUCAUCAACAACAACAACAACAACAACAACAAUAGUAAUCACAUUUUUAACAACAACAACCACAAAACUAAUACCAACAGCAUCAUUUCAUCCAACGCAUCGCCACGAUUAAACGGCAAUCACAGCAACAACAACCACAACGUAGCUAACCGAAAGCCUGCCAAUAGCAUUUAUGGUCGUGCCCGCAGCCAGGAUUAUGGUCUGGAUCUGCCGUAUAGUGCAAACCAUGUUGUGCAUCUGCUCUCGGACGAUAGCUCCGAGACGGACACCCUAACGCCGACAACAGGCUGUUUUCAUUUCUUAAAAUCAAGCGCCUCCGCUGUCGCAAUGGCGCCCGUUGUAGGAGGCUCUUCCUAUGGCGGCAGCCUGGGCAACAGUCCGGCUGUAGGCCGCAAGAAACUCUCGCUGGAUAGUCAAUUUGUGCAGCCCGUUGCGCAGAUGACGGCCGCAACGCCAGCGAUGAUAAUGUCGCCGUUGGUGCCCGCCGCGCUCGAGAGAGGCGACAAUAAUACGUACGAUCGUGCCUUCUAUCGGGAUGUGGCCAAGAAGAUAUUGGCCAGCACCGAUCGUGUGAAUUCCAAAUCGAGUGGUGACCUCACCAUGUACAGCUCCGCCACGCGUCUCACCGAGCCGAGGGCUGACUAUAACUAUGAUGAUUCGGAGGAUGGGCUGGAGAGUCGCUUUCAGCGGAAUGCGUCCGGUUCGCAAUUUCCGCGUCACUGCUUUUUUCGGCAACAACCAAAUAGCACCGACCAUGACAGGGAUGAAGAGGAGCGGGAGCAGGAACGUGAGAUGGAAGAUGAGCAGCGCAAUAUUAACUCACAUUGCUCCUCGGAGCAUUCGUCCUCAACAGUAGACACCUCAGCAUCAGUUAGCCAGACGCGCCCCAACUGUUCGACCUCGCGCAAAAGUUCGGUUACCUUUCAAAUGAACUCGCCCACAUUUGAGUCGCCGCCGCCGCAUGCCAUUACCACAGCGACAGGUGAUGCGCAGAGCCAGCAUCAGGCGUCCAUUGCAUCCAUUAGCUUUGGCACCAACUACAGCUCCAGCGACAACGAUAUCGACGACGACUGGAACGAUCAUUUGAAUGGCAGCGAUAACGACAACGAUAACGACGAUCACAAUGCGGACAAAGAUGUUGCUGCAGCUACAGCCGCACAGAAUGGCGGCCACAUCCAUGAGAAUUCCAUACUGCACACACGGCGCAUGCUCGACGUCCAGCCGCAUCCGGAUGUGAUCAAGAUGAAGAAGCAUCUACUGGCCGAGCAGCAGCGACAGGACAAUAAGCACACGAAGAAAAAGCAAAAGCUCAGGUACAUACCCAAAUCCAAGUCCGUGGAAGCGCCAACCAGUGCGCUGUCCAGCAGCCAACUGUUGUUGCAACAGCCGCCGCAGCAGUUACAGCCGACGCAGCAACACUCAACGAGUGGCAUCAAAAUCAGAUCCCUAAUGAAUCUGUUUACGCGCGGGUCCAAAAAGAAAUACACCAAACUGUCCGAUAGUCAAAUGGCCCGAGCUGGCAGCGGAAGCGGCAGCACUGCCGAAUUUUGCGCCAUUGAUCCAUAUGAAACGGAACUGGCAACGGGCAAGUCCACAACAGGACGCUCCACGAAGCGCAAAAGCAAAAAGCCCCAAACGCAGUCCUGUGAGCAAUUGGAGCGCGUCUGAAUGUCUCUGUGUGUGUCUCUGUGUGUGUGUGUGUGUGUGUGUAUCGGCUCUAUCUGACAGUUCUACUUGUUGUGGUGGUUGUUGUGGUCAACGCCGUGCAUCGUCGCAGUCCUGCAUCAAUAAUAAUACAAAUACAUGUGCAUAUGCAUGUAUACAUUUAUGUAUAUAUAUAUAUGUAUACCGCUAGCAACAAGCCCAUUGUUUUAUAUUAAAACCAUAGAUUAAGGCAUAUCAUGCACACACAACCACACACACACACCCACACACACACACACACACACAUACAAGCACUAGCUCCUAACUACUUGCAUACAUAUAACAAUAACAAAUAACAAGGAACUUUCGUUUGUUCAUUUGAUCUUUUUACUGAUCCAUGUGUAAGCAAAGAUUUCGGCCAAGGCUCAAAGCAACUCCGAAAAUUAGCUAUUCGACUCGGCACGAGUAUAAAUUAUGUGAUCAGAGAGGAUACGACGCGAAUACUUUGAAAAAGCUGGGUCUGAACUUUAUUUACAGUUAUCAGAACUGUUAACUUCAGUGUUGAAUAGUGGAAUUAGUGGAAAAAGCUUUGACCGAAAAUUUCAUCUCGAAUCAGCGAGAAAAACGAACUUGAUGGAAAAUUCGUCAGAAAUCGCGCUAAAAAUAUAUAUAUUGAACCCAGAUAAAGAAGUUUCAGAGGUUAUUGGCUAAAGAGUUGGUUUUGACGAAGAAUCUAAUAGCGCAGAUAACUAAAAACUGCCAAAAUGCAGUUGAUUUCGAAAAUUUUGCGUAAUAAACCAAAGUACAUUGCGAUUUGUGCUCAAGAGCAACUGCAACUGCCAACUGCAAGGGAGAGCUAUUGAGUCGAGAUCUGAAGCGAACAGCUAAAAACAAAUAUACCAGAAGACAGAGGAUAUGAUGAGAUAGGGAACUCUCCAGACUGGCAAAAAAAAACUAGAAAAAAAAAAUGGCAAAAGUUUAGAUCUAGACUAGAAUAUAAUACGACUUCUGUGAAACUAUAUAUGAACUGUCGUUUAAAGAGUUCAGCGAAUUGAUAACCAUUGCGGAAAUGAAAGGAAUCAUUUUGAAAGCAUUAACUCAGGUACAAUAGACCUCGAUGGAAAAUUCUGAGAUGGCACAGACCCCAGUGAAAGGGAGAAUCGAAACGUAACAGAAUCUUAAUAAUUGUUGAAUGAAAACAAAAUAGCCUGUCAAGUUAUUUAAUGUGUAUACGAAUAUGCUCAGGUCCAUAUAAAUAAUAUACCUUGAUAUAUGUAUAUAUAUAAACGGAUUGCUUGCGUGUUCUUUGCUUACACAAUGGAGUGAAAAUUUGAUGAAUUGUUUGCAACACUACAAAAUGAUGUAUUUAUGAAACACUUUUCACAUUUGAGUGAACAAUUUUUUUUUAUGACUAUACAUAUCUAAAUAUAAUAUAUAUAAAAUAUUUAUAUACAUACGAGAAUACAUUACAAACAUCUUAGUUGAGCUUAGCCUUAGUAUUUACAGUUGAGUUCAGCAAGAAGUUAGCCAGAAUUAGUCGAAUUCAGCUUCGUUUCUUUGUUCAUUUCCAAUCUUUAAAGUUUGUAGAUUUUCAUUUUGUAUUUUGUGCAGUUUUAUUUACAUACAUUGAUUUUAAUUGAAUUGCAAUUGGCCUUUGUCUACUUUUAGUAUUUGAUUUGAAAGAAAUCAAAGCGAAAACAGAAAAAAAAAAAAAAAAAAAAAAA